CUUUCAUCAGCCACUACAAACCCCUAGGACUAACUCGGCCUCUUCCUCCUCAAGCUCACGUGAUUCUCAGGAACACAAUGUGUGUGCUUUAAAGUGUUUAACUAGAGGAAGCCUAGUAGAGAGAGAAGCAGUGAACCUUCUCUGCAGCCAUCCAGGACCGGCCCAGGCAGUCAUGAAGAAGGCAUUGGCAGUGCUGAUAGUGCUCACCUUCUCUGCCGCAAUUCUGAGUUACUACAGCGGUAUAAUAAAUUGGAAACUGGUCGAUGUCAGAGGAUUCCCCAGGAUAUCUGUCCAAGUCGCCACAGAAACUUCCCUCAUAAACCCAACCAGCCAUGCCCCCCAUGACCCUCUCCAAACGGGAGCAGCAGAAGGCCACACCUCUGCCUCCAGCUGGCAAACACCCCAGGAAAGCCUGAAAACAGUGUCCACAGCCACCCAGUCCAUGGGGGCAAGCACAUGGCCAGCUGGGCCAGCAACCCUCCCUGAUGUCACCACAGAGGUCCAACAAGACAGAACCCACACCACAGCCCCCAAGGGUACAGACACUCCCGCUCCUGCUGGGUCACCCACCACCCCUAGUCCAGGAUGGUCAAGCCCCUCCAUCACCCAGAGGACCACAGCCCCUCAAACUACCACAUCUGUGAAUCCAGGUACUUCUUCUGCUCCUGAGUCACCCACCACUUCUAACCCAGGAUGGUCAAGCCCCUCCAUCACCCAGAGGACCACGGCCCCCCAAACUACCACGUCUGUGAAUCCAGGUACUUCUUCUGCUCCUGGGUCACCCACCACCUCUAGCCCAGAAUGGUCGAGCCCCUCCAUCACCCAGAGGACCACGGCCCCUCAAACUACCACGUCUGUGAAUCCAGGUACUUCUUCUGCUCCUGGGUCACCCACCACCUCUAGCCCAGGAUGGUCGAGCCCCUCCAUCACCCAGAGGACCACGGCCCCCCAAACUACCACGUCUGUGAAUCCAGGUACUUCUUCUGCUCCUGGUUCACCCACCGCCUCUAGCCCAGAAUGGUCGAGCCCCUCCAUCACCCAGAGGACCACAGCCCCUCAAACUACCAUGUCUGUGGAUCCAGGUACUUCUUCUGCUCCUGGGUCACCCACCGCCUCUAGCCCAGAAUGGUCGAGCCCCUCCAUCACCCAGAGGACCACGGCCCCUCAAACUACCACGUCUGUGAAUCCAGGUACUUCUUCUGCUCCUGGGUCACCCACCGCCUCUAGCCCAGAAUGGUCGAGCCCCUCCUUCACCCAGAGGAUCACGGCCCCUCAAACUACCACGUCUGUGAAUCCAGGUACUUCUUCUGCUCCUGGUUCACCCACCACCUCUAGCCCAGAAUGGUCGAGCCCCUCCAUCACCCAGAGGACCAUGACUCUUCAGUCAGUAGCUGGUCCCACAAUCUUAAGAAUUACUACACAAAUGACCCCAUCCAGUAAACAGACUUCCCUGGCAACAUCUGGGAGCACAACCUCAGCCAAAGGGAAAACCACCCGGGCUCUCCCCACUGCCGUCACACACCACGUCACCGCCACAACUUCAUCUACCAAGACAACCAUGGGACCCACCCUUGCUCCCCAGCCGUCAGGCCCUCAGACUGGGAACUAUCUGGUUUACAAUGGAAGCAGGGCUUGUUUGAGAGCCGACAUGGGUGUGCAGUUGCUCAUUGAGGACAAGAAAACAAUGAGGAAACUGAAGCUGCUCCGUGAUUUGCCCAGGGUGACAGAGCUAUAUUUUACAUCUCAAAUGUACUUCAAUCUGGACCCCAAUGUGACUCAAGCAUCGGGGAAUUGUGGCCCCCAGAAAUCCAACCUUCUCCUGACUUUCCCAGGUGGAUUUGUGAACUUGACCUUCACAAAGGUAAAACAGUCAUACCAUAUAGUAACAGUGGAGGCUUCUUUAACUGUCUCACCCUCAAUGAACAUCUACAGUGGCCGGAAAGAUGGGCUGACAAUGUUUGAGACCAAAGUGGGAUACUCCUUCAAGUGUGUCAGUGAACAAAGUGUUAAGUUGUCAUCCUCUCUCCAGUUACACACCACUGAUGUCCAACUCCAAGCCUUUGAUUUUGAUGGUGAACACUUUGGGAAUGCGGAUGAAUGCUUCAGUGAUAAAAACAGGAGAGCAAUCCCUGUGGCUGUGGGCCUGAGUAUCGCAGGAUUAUUUGGGGUUUUGCUUACUGCAUGCCUGGUUGCCAGGAAGCGGCCCGGCAAUGGAUAUGAACGCAUCUAAAAGCACCUCCCUUCUACAAAAUUGAAUGAAUGCACGUCUGACUACGCAAUUAUGGUUCCAAUGAUCGUUUUGAUCGUCAUUCCUCUCUGCAUUGUGAUCUUGGUUUUCUGCGGAAUUCGUCUGAGGAAAAAAUCAAUGGGAUACCAGAGGAUCUAAUUGAUAUAAGGAAUUUCUGAAAGAAAUGAAAGAGUUUGGAAUUCCUUAGUCAUCUCCAAGACUUUAGAGACUUCCCUAAUUUUUUUUAAUGUAAUGUUCAUUGCUCUGGUCUGAAACCCCAACAUUUCCCAAUUUUAUCCAGGCCAAUAUUCAGUAGAAGAGAGAAAAAAUAUUCAUGAUUUGAUGAGGGUGGGGGAAGAUGAGAGGAGUGAGGAGGAGUAUGUGUGACAAUAUUUAAUUGAUUACUGAAGAGCAUUUAUUGGUUUCCCCUGUAAGAAACAAGAGCACCAAAAUAACAAAAUAUUUUCUGAAAUGGAGCAAGCCUUUGUGCCUGUCAAUCACACAGCUGGUGGUUGAAGGGGCCUACACUGGUGGCUAUUUGUUAGUGUUUCAUUUGCUUGGAUGAUGUGGCCUCCUUGGCCAAAAGUUAGACUUUCUUUUUUGUCUUUGACGUUAUCAAGAUAUUUUCCCACUCUGAGCUUCCGUUUUCUCAUCCAUAAAGUGGGAGAAUUAAUCUUCUGGCCUCGAGUGCCUUCCAUCUCCACAUCCAUGAAUCUAUGACCUCUCUGGACCUCAAUUUCCUCCGGUGCGAAAAGGGGGUUGGAUUCAAUUCCUUUCAGCUCUAGAUUCAUGUUCUUUUGAACUCUGCCAAGAACACAAAGACAGUGCUUUUGCUGGCUCUUGAGUUUGUGACAUGAACAUACUAGUUGAUGUUGUUCUCUUUUUUUGAUGUAAGGUAGAAAAAGUUUUUUAAAAAGUGUAUCUUUUAUGUGCAUUUAUAUAAAGUCUGUUUUUCUUCUUUCUACUCCCUGAUCCUAGCACAGAGCCUUGUACACAGUUGGAAUUUAAUAAAUGUUUAUUAAAUUGA